UAUCAUCCAAGCCCAAUGUGUAUAUGUAUAUUAAAGCCCAACCUUUUACAACCCAUCCCAAAAAAUAAUAAGCCAAACCCAUAUUCAAAACGACGUCGUUCGUUAAAUAUACUAGGGUUUUGGCAUCAUAAAACCAUAACCCUAAAAAUUCACAGAUAUAAUCUCACUUCUGCAUUUUUGGCCUCCACCACCAAAGUGAGAGAGAAAUUAGCCGCUUCGGAGCUUCAUACUCAAAAUCAAUCUGCAAAAAUGUCUUUGGUGGCGAAUGAAGAGUUCCAGCACAUUCUGCGUUUGUUGAACACUAACGUUGAUGGGAAGCAGAAGAUCAUGUUUGCCAUGACUUCUAUCAAGGGUAUUGGUCGUCGUUACGCCAACAUUUGCUGCAAGAAGGCUGACAUCGACAUGAACAAAAGGGCUGGUGAGCUGACCACCACAGAGCUAGACAAUUUGAUGACAGUUGUCGCUAACCCUAGGCAAUUCAAGGUCCCAGACUGGUUCCUCAAUAGGCAAAAGGACUACAAGGAUGGCCGAUACAGCCAGGUUGUUUCUAAUCAGCUUGACAUGAAACUCAGGGACGAUCUUGAGCGUCUUAAGAAAAUCAGGAAUCACCGUGGUCUCCGUCAUUACUGGGGUUUGAGGGUUCGUGGGCAGCACACCAAGACUACUGGACGUAGGGGAAAGACUGUUGGUGUCUCAAAGAAGCGUUAAGGAUUUGUCUUUGUUUCUCUAUGCAUGGUUUUAUCACAAAAAUGUCUACUGUUUUUAUGGAUGAAAGCCUAGUAAAAGAUUGACUAAGUAAUGCUUUUUGGCCAAUUCAGGCAUUUUAUGUUAUUUUUGUAGAUCAUAGCUUCCGACUCUUGAUGCUUUAUUUGAGAGUAUAUGGUUGCAGACUUGGUGUUAGUAGUGAGGAAAAUAUUUGAUGGAUUUAUUUUAAAGUGAGUUCAGACUGCCUUAAUUUUUA